AUGACGGAUAUAAGCCCAUUUGGUUCCAUAGCAUCGGCUUCCAACAAAUCGUCGACAUCGUCGUCGUCAGUAGAAGAAGAAGAAGAAUCGGGAUCAGACGAAGAGUCGACCUCAUCGAAACCGGUAUCAUCAGAAGAAGAGUCGACGACCUCGUCGAAACCGACCUCAUCGAAAUCGACAACGUCCAACAAUCCGAGUCAACAAUCUCCUUCCGAAGAGGACUCCGAGGAAGAGGGUUCGGUCGUACUAGAUGAUUAUUAUUCCCAUAUUCGCCACCGGGAGGAUGAGGUAGAAACAUCGAUCCCGAAAGGGAAUCGAAUGCCUCCUCCAACAAAACCAGCUGUUGCACCAAAACCAAAGCAGUCGUCGAACAAAGAGCAAGUCACACAUUCAUCCCAGCAAUCAUCCCACAAGGGGACUCUUAUUGACAUUGGGACAGAGAUUGAAACGACUCCUGGUGUUCCCACAGAAGAAACAAAGAAAAAGGAGAAGGUAAAGGCUAAGAAAAAGAAUAUUGCUCGGAGGAAACAAAAGCAGGAUAUCGUCUAUCCAUCCGAGUUGUCACGGAAUGUAGCAGGUGGAACCAAACGAAUCAGUUGGAAUUCCGAUCCCAAUGCUAGUUUCAGUGAUUGGAGAGUAGAAGUCUUGGUUCGAGAAACCCAGGAACGGCAAUUGUUCUAUUUGCAUCGCAACAUUGUCGGAUUUGGCCCACGAAAGUCGGAGUUUUUGAAGGAGGCUUUUGCUCAACAACAGGACAGAAAAGAGAAUAUGACGAAACUGAUACUUCCAGAAUAUCAAGCGAAGGUCUUUCCCAUGGUGUUGGACUAUAUCUAUUAUACAAGGGAAGCGAGACAGAAUCUAACCGCAUCUCGUGCUUGUGCCAUGUACAACAUUGCCGAGCGCCUUGAAAUCAUUUCUUUGGAAAAGGCAAUUAUGGAGUUUUAUCGCAAGAGUACAUCCCUGGAGAAUGUGGCCGAGUUUUUCAAGUGCGCCAAAGAAGCAGAUGCCUUGCAAUUGAUUGCCGUUUCCAAAGCCAAGAUUGGAACCAUGAUCAUUCAAAAACCAGAGCUUGGCAAAUUGGUUCCGCCAAGCUUCUUGAUUGAAAUCAUUGAAAUCUACAGAGAGGAGUUCGGGGAUAUCCGAAAGAAGAAUCCAAGAGGUAGGCUGCAAACUGCAGAUUUGGUUCAAUCCAAGAGGUUGAGCAUUGCAGCCUAUCUGUGUGUCGGUCAAAGCAAGAACACAAUAAACGAAGAACUGUUGGAUAAGCUGACCAACGAGACAGCCCUGCCAGUCAUUGACGUGGCUGUCGCUCUCCCCUUUCUAAAUCUGAGUGCCAAAUUUGAAAAAGGAAGCUCCGAAUAUACCAAUUUGCAGAGGCGGUGUGUCAAGAGCAUCACCCAGAAUUGGCCAAAGUUUCAAAAGCAGUUUUCGUCGUCCGAAAAGGUGUCGAAUGCGCUGAAGAAACUUCCAUCUCAUGUCUUGGCUGACAUUUUAGUGAUGACAAUGCAUCGAUGA